AUGCGGGGCUCUCGCGUUGUCCGUGUCAGCGACGUUUUUUCGCGUCAGGGUGCGUUUCCUUUAAAGGAGACGCGCACGCGUUUUGGGGGGAACGUGUGGAGCCGCGUCCACGAGUUCCGCAGGGCGGGGUGGACCAACAGCAUCUGCUACGUCGACGUGUGGAAGAAGCUGGAAGAAGACCCUCCCCAAAGUUUCUGUUGCUAA